AUGAAUCGCGAUGAGAAAACUUCAGCGUCGGAACUGAAUUACGCCCUGUCCAGUGUAGGAAACGGCGUUACGACAGAAGAAUUGGAGAAAAUGUUCAGCAAAGUGGAUUCCGACGGGGACAUGCUCAUCAAUUUUGAAGCAUUCCUCCAUUGCUAUAAAAAUUUGGAGGAUUUUAAGGAUUCUUUCUCCUUGUUUGAUGGGGACAAGAAUGGCUCCAUCACUGCUGAUGAGAUUCAGAACCAGUUUAUGAAGACUCUGGGGAAAGAAUAUUCCAUUGAAGAGUGCCAGAAAAGAAUUUAG